GCGACCAUUAAGCGGGUGGCUGCCGGACCGAACCAACCACACCAAAAGAAGAAGCGCAAUGAGGCGGACGGCGUCGAUGCUGUUCAGCCACGCCGGCGCCGGCCACCGGGGCAUCCCGCAGGCUCUCGCCGACGUGCUGGUCUGCCCCCUCUCCAAGAAGCCUCUCAGGUACUGCGAGGCCAGCGGGUGCCUGGUUAGCGAAGCCGUCGGCGUGUCCUUCCCGAUAGAAGAUGGGAUUCCUUGCCUUGUUCCGAAAGAUGGGAAGUUGCUCGAGGACAACUCCGAGAAAUCAGAACAAGAGCCCAUCCCUAGGGAUUCCUCUGGCUGAGUCAGACAAUCUAAUCAUUCUUUACCUAGAGACAUCGUUGGUUGUAAACCUGAGAUAUUGCUCUCUUCCAAUUAGUGUUUGCUGUAAUAAAUGGUUGGCGUUUUUGCCUUGCUCAAUGUAUUGAAGUUGAUUCAUGAUUGUUGUUGUUCA